GCGCACCGCCAUUUCCUGUUUUCUUUGCCUCUUUCUUCCGGGUUCGAGGCAACCGGGGGGCGAAGAGGGGCCGCGGGAGGUAGGUCCGUCGGAAGAAACGAGCUGCGAGAGAAGGACGAGGCGGAGGAGGAGAGGUAUGCUGCUUCUGCACUGGGAGGCUCUUCUGGCUGCAUGCUGACAGACUUCUCUGGUCUCCUAACAGCCUUUGGAUGCAAUCAUCCCACUUUCUCCUGCAGGCCACGAUGGGGAUCAACAAAACCCACUUUUCUUCAGUAACCAAAGAGCUACUCUGCACUGGAUUAAACAACUAAAGAUGCCUAAAGAUGAGGAAAAGGUUAAUUUGCGUCGCCUUGAGCCUGCGAUCCAGAAGUUUAUUAAAGUUGCCAUUCCAACAGACCUGGAAAGGUUAAGAAAACAUCAGAUAAAUAUUGAGAAGUAUCAGAGGUGCAGGCUGUGGGACAAAUUGCACGAAGAGCAUAUCAAUGCAGGCCGUACGGUUCAGCAACUGCGAGCAAAUAUCCGAGAGAUGGAGAACCUUUGCACCCGAGUCCGAAAGGAAGACAUUCUGACUUUGCAGAGAAUGAUUGAUCCUGUGAAAGAUGAGGCUUCGUUGGCCAUUAAAGAAUUUUUACAGCUGCAUUCGGAAUCUGCCGAAGUGCUGAAAAGACAGUUCAGGGAGCAAGAGGCAUCAUCAUCGCAGACUCCUCUAGCCCGCUCUGCCACUGUAGGAGCAGAAACUUUUUGUGAUGCUGAAGAUGGAGGAAACUCCCCCAUCCAGGUUUUUUCUCCAUUACCUGAAAUCCCCCAGGAUCAAAAUGCUGCUGAAUCAUGGGAAAUACUAGAAGAGGAUUUGAUUGAACUUAGCAAUCUUGUGACGGAGUUCUCCCUGCUUGUCAAUAGUCAGCAGGAGAAGGUCGACCGGAUCGAAGAUAAUGUCUCUGCUGCAGUUGCAAAUGUGGAGGAGGGGACCAAAAGCUUAUCCAAGGCUGCAACCUACAAACUGGCAGCUCUUCCGGUUGCUGGCGCCCUCCUUGGGGGAAUCGUCGGGGGGCCUAUCGGGCUGCUGGCUGGCUUUAAGGUGGCUGGACUGGCAGCCGCCCUGGGUGGCGGCGUGCUGGGCUUCACAGGUGGAAGGCUCAUCCAGAGGAAGAAGCAAAAGAUGAUCGAGGGCCUCUCUUCCUCCAGCUGCCCAGAUCUGCCCAGGCCGAGGGACGGAGGAGGCAGCUGAGGACGGGCCCGGCCUUGACUCUUAGCCGUCUCGGCUGGCAAAGUGGCUGCCCUGCUCGGGCCUGGAUUCGUGUUGGGAGUUCUCUUGUUCAGAAUGUGAAAAGGACGAAGUUCACCCUGAAAGGCUUUUUUGACCUGAGCCAGAGGAAGCCAAGAGGGGCCCGCUGUGGCACGGCUGGCCUGCGGUUAACACAAGCUGAGAGGGUGUGCGCCAAAGGAACGUCUUGAUUUGGUUUUCUUCCUCCUUCAGGGACUGUUACAGUGUUCACAAAAUGCCUUUUUCCUGGCAAAAUGGAAGAGAUGCCAAGGUAGCGUUUCAGGUCUGGGUGCCGCCUCUGUCCCCAAACACUUCGUUCUGCUCAAGUGCACAAAAACUGUUUUACGUUUGUUGGUUUUACUACUUCUCGCUUCUCUGUGGCCGAAUCGGUUUGAAGUGGGACAUUUGGGCUCCUUUGGAGACAUACCUGCUUAGUUCAGGCGAAGAGGUGCUGAGAGAUCUUGUUUUGGGGAUUAAUUUGUAAAUCUUAAUUUUCUGGACUGGAAGGUUGGCUUCUACCUCUCUUUUUAAAGUGUCACAUUCAGGAAAGUCACAACAGGCUGUUCUGGUGAAGGUGUCACAGUUCUCUGCCUGUAGUGUGGGUUAUCAGAUUCACAACAGGUGUCUAGAUCAGUGUUUCUCAGCCUUGGCAACUUUCAGAUGAGUGGGCUUCAACUCCCA